GUACUCCACAGUGCGCAUUAAGCCACCUGAGCCUUACAUAACCGUACUUAACGCGCGUCCCGUAGUCGUCUCCACCUCACCGUUUUAUCAUCACUCGCUGAGACUCUUCCAGUGUACAACCCCGAGAUGGAGUAUUCGUCUGACGAUAUCGCAGCGGCGAGAAGCUUUCAGUUCGCUACGUACAUAUACACGUCGAUGGCUACAUUCUGGGUCUAUGAUUAUGCAUGUUCACUCCAUGAAGAGUGGUCAUUUUUGCUUCAAUCGCACUGGAACAGAGUGAAAGGCUUGUAUAUUGCUACACGAUACCUCCCCUUUAUUCUUCUCACUACAAAUCUAUAUAUGAACUUUUCCCAAAAUGAGAACCCAGAUAGAUGCCGGGUGUUGGCCAAUAUUGACUCAGGUAUUGGUAUGGUAUCAACCAUCUUCUCCGAAUGUUUUUUCAUCCUCAGAACAUAUGCGCUCUGGGAUAAUAACAGAAUCUUGCUCGCAGCCAUGGCGUCCACCUUUUUCGCUUUUAUCGUAGCAUCCUUCACCAUUGCCUUCACCACUACCGCCCCCGCCGCAUAUGCCGCUAGCGCGAUCCCAGGCAUCACAGGGUGCUACCAGAGUUCGACUAGUUUCCAGCUCUUCAUACCAUUUCUUCUCCUUUUUGCGUUCGAAUUGGCACUCAUGAUACUCACGCUCAUACGCGCCAUACAGAGCUGGCGGACGAACACAAACCGUCUGUACGUUGUCCUGGUGAACCAUAACAUAUCCUAUUAUGCAUGCGGUCUUCUGUUCUCAGUGGUGAACAUAUUCACAUCGCUGCUCCUCCAGUACUCCUACCACUCCAUGUUACAUGAUUUCCAGUUCAUUAUCCUCGCAGUCCUCGCCACGCGCAUGCAUCUCCAUCUCUGGCAGAUGGGCCAACCUGGACACAGCUCUCUCGUGGAUAUUCCAAUGUCCGAUAUAUCAUUUGUACAUUCUAUGCCGUGAUGUCUUAUCCUGUGGUUUAUUCGUGGAGCGAGGCUUUGACUGUUACGAGAUGACUGGUGGGGUGGGUUUGGUAAAGUUCGCUACGUGUGUAAUUUAUAAGACGUGUCUUUCUUGGGGCGGGAGGAGCAUACGAGGACCCCCUUCGGUCAGCUCUUCGACGAUAUACUGUGUUUACACUAGCAACUCAGGAAACAUAAUAUCAACAUAUUCUUGUC